AUGGCAGCGGACGUUCCAACACUCAGUAUCACGCUGCUUGGUGCAGGACAGGAAGUCGGCCGGUCCUGCUGUGUCUUGCAAUACAGGGGAAGGGCCAUUGUCUGUGACACGGGAGUGCCAGUGCAUCCUGUCUUCCAUCUAAAUCAUGCUGCCGCUUUGACAUAUAUCAUGGAAAAGGUAGAUGGAAAAGGCAAAAUUUACAUGACACAUCCAACCAAGGCCUUGCACAAGUUCAUGAUGCAAGACUUUGUCCGCAUGGAUUCCUCUUCUUCUGAUGCUCUUUUCAGCCCAAUGGAGCUAUCAGUGUCCCUUGCUUCUAUCAUCCCUGUCUCCGCCCACCAGGUCAUUUCACCAUGCCCCGGUGUCAUGUUUACGCUGUACUGCGCGGGUCACGUUCUUGGUGCAUGCAUGUUCUUGAUCGACAUUGCUGGACUUAAAAUCUUGUAUACUGGCGACUACUCUCGUGAAGAAGACCAACAUCUCGUCAAAGCCGAAGUGCCGCCCGUUCACCCUGACGGCCUGGAGGAAAAGGAACUGCAGUUCACCAACUCGGUGCACAAUUUCAUCCAACGCGGUGGACAUGUCUUACUUCCGACCUUCACCCUGGGUCGUGCACAGGAGCUCCUGCUGAUUCUGGACGAGUACUGGAAGAAGCAUCCUGACCUGCACAAUGUUCCCGUUUACUAUGCUUCUAGCCUGGCAGGGAAAUGUAUGGCCAUGUAUCAGACAUACAUCCGCACCAUGAACUCGAACGUACACUUUUGCUUUGCCAAACGCAACAACCCAUUUGUGUUCAACUUUGAGCCUCCCGACUCUCGGAACGGCACUAUCCUUACCGGUUACUCUAUUGAAGGUACAAUGGUUAGGGAUAUUCAAACGGAACCGGAUGAGAUUCCAUCAGUCAAGGAACACAUGAUCCCGCACAAGCUUUCCAUCGAUGAAAUCUCUUUCGGAGCACAUGUCGACUAUUCUCAGAAUUCUGAGUUCAUUGAGCUAGUCCACACCCAGCACAUUGUUCUCGUCCACGGUGAACAAAAUGCAAUGGGCCGUCUACGUGCUGCCCUGCAAGACUGCUACAAAAACCGUGAUGAGGAUGUCAAGAUUCACACGCCCCGGAACCUCGAACCAUUGCAGCUGACAUUCCACAGCGAUCUUCCUCCACAGCCCAACGAGGUUAUAUCCGGCCUUUUGGUAUCGAAAGACUAUUCUUAUACACUUCUUGACCCACGCGACCUCCGUGACUUUGAUGGCUUGACGACGACGGCUGUGAUGCAACGGCAGAAGAUUGCUCUGAACGUUGGCUGGGAGCUCGUUUGCUGGCAUCUGGAGGGCAUGUAUGGCAAGAUUGAGGACGGUGUCGACAAGGAUGAUAUACCGACAAUGCGGGUCAUGGGCACAGUAGACGUGAAGCAGACGUCAGAACAUGAAUUGCACUACGGGCAUGAGCUGAUUUUAGAUCACCUGAAAUGUCCUGGUCAAGCCAUCAAACUGUUUCAUUUUCGAAGACUUUACUGGGGCCUUCUGGCGUCCCAAAAUGAUAGAUUUGCUACCACUUUCACUGUGGCGAGUUUAAGCGAGGUGCUCCGGAAACAGGUCGAAGCAGUGCUGGACAUGGCGCUGUCAACCAUCAGCUCCCUCAACGAGUCCUUCACCUCCGCGGUGCGAUUUGGCACAGAGAAAUACACACCGUUGACCGAAAAAGAGAAACAAAAUUCUGAGGAGGAUGCGACAGGUGAUGCAGCCCAAACCAACGAAAUGUCUAGCUUGGACAACACGCUGCCCGCUGCUAUGAACGUGAAUUCGCCAGUACAGGACUUGCAUGCGGCAUCAAAACAAGAGCCAGAGAAGCACUCGGCAUCAGAACUGACAGAUUCUCAGAAAGUGACUGAGGGCGAUGAGGCUCCGUCGCCUAUGGAUGUCCAAGAGGAUAUACAAAAUUCAACAGCUGACGCUCGAGGUGUGUCAUUACAGCAAGACCAGAACGCCUCGUCGCAAGGUCUCGCAGCCACACAAGGCAGAUGCAAGGAGUGUCGUGGAGCAAAGCAAGAAGGCAAUGACAGCGAAGAAGCAUCAUCAGGUGACGAGCCGGAACCAGAAGUCUGUAGCUGA